AUGAAAAUAGAAUUGAAAGAAAUUGAGAAGGAAAUGGAAUAUUGUGAUCUACAUGAACGGGUAGGGCGUUUAAAAUCCAUGAAUAAUUAUUCCUUUCAUUGCCUUUAUACCUCUAAAAAAUCAGUGGUUUUAGCCAGUAUUCAAAAGAAAGCCAAGUUACUCUUCUCAGACGAUGAAAAUUCCAAAACUUCAAAUGACUUUAAUUUAUGGGUAUUUGGAGGAAAAAAAGACGUAUCCAAUGAAUAUCGGUCCAUUCGAGUGUUGAACAUGACAACAACGUCCACCACAAAUUUCAUGACGAGAGUGCAUGAAUUUCCAGUGCAUGAUGUUGACAAUCAUUACAGAACCAAUUCAUACAUGGCAUUAAUUCCAAACAAGAAUUUAGAAAAUAAUUGUGACCAGCAGCAACGAGUGUCAAUGUUGCUGAGCCAUGUCGAAUCGAUGAAUGGAGUAGAUCGAAUUUUCUUUCAUAUUGCCCAUGUCGACCGAACAAGCUCUACAAAUUCCACAAAUUCGAGCAAGCACAAGAAUUUCGAACUUGAGCGAUUAGUAUUUAACAACAUUCCAGUACCACCUUCCAUUCAAAAAUGUGUAUUUCGACCCUUCCUUCAUUGUUAUUAUGACAAGUAUGGUCAUCGAAAAGGAAUUUACAUUGUGAAUAGUCAUGUCAUGUAUUUUAUUCAUUUGGAUUAUGAGUCAGUGAGUUUUUGUUUUCAAUGGAAGAUUUUGUUGAACAAUGAAACACAUGCUUUGAGUGAUAUUGAAAUAAUCACCCAAUCCAUUGUGUAUUUGUGA